AUGCAGGUGGCCCAGGAGACGCAUCACUGCAUCGAGCAGUGCAUACAGUUUAAUCGUGCACGCGGAAAGGCUUUGGUUGCAAUACAAAAAAUUCAAAAGGAAGAAGCCGAGCUGCUUCGUAUGAAUACCAUCCCGACAACUCUCGAGGAAGCGUUGGCUGCUCAGAAUAUUCACAAAGAUUUCCAGCAAUCUGUCGAGAGUGUAACUCGCUCGACAAGUGCAUUUUUGGAUAGCACAACACAGCUGAUCAGUGGCGGUGGCAUCGAUGUGAGAGCGGUGAAUGAUCUGAACGAGGAAGUGCUGGAUCGCUGGCGUCGAUUGGUUGGCCUAAUCGAAGAAAGGAACAAACUCAUCAAAGCCGGUGUGGUCUGCUACAAAACACUGCAUCAAGGGGGCUGUUCAUACGCGCAGAAGACAUCAGAAAUGUUCUUGAAAUAUAUUCGUCGAUGUGAGACAUCACCAGAACAUAUACGGCAACAUGAAACCCGACUUCUUGCCCUAAAAGAUGACCUCCGCAAGCGACAACAAAAAAUUUUGGAUCUGUGGACUCGCAAAAAGCAACAGUUGAAUCGAUGUCAUGAAUCUUGUUUGCUUGAGGCAACGGCAGCCGAAAAUGCAGAAUGGAUAGCUCAAGAUGGUGAAGCGUUUUUGCGGCGAGCUUUUGAAAAGAAAUUGAAUGUUGCACAUCGCGAGCAUUUGGAAGUUUACAUGGACGAAUAUGUAAAUUUCAAGGCAGAAGCAAAACAAAAGCGGCUGAAAGUGCGAAUGAUGCUUGAACUGGCCGAGAAAUUCCUGGCAACGCGGGAUCAUCACUGCGCUGCCAUCGAGCACAAGAUGCUUGAUGUGCGGUCGGGUUUCGAGCGCUUUUCGUUACGUCUUGCCGAGUAUGAGAACAUACUUGCUGCAACACUGGGCAGGAAGUCUGAUGCUAGCAAAGCGAAGGACGAGUUUUCUCUGGACCGGAAAAGUGAUUCGAGUAUUGAGGCAAAAAUCGAGGGCGAACGUUUAGCAAAUGAGGAGAAGCGUAAAAUGAGGUGA